AUGGGCUCGCAGGUUCAACGACACUCCCUCAGACAUACCUCAAUACCCUCCGAAACGUGUAAGGCCGCCAUCACUCCAAUAUACGUGGGGGACGUUAAUUCUCAGAGUGCUUCCACUCAGGCCUUUCCUUGGCAGGCGUCUCUCGACACUUCGACCAGACCUGGCACAGGGUUUGCCUUUCACGCCACCGUCAGAAUCCCGCUCAGAAAGCCAUCUGAUUCACGCCACCCUGAAACCGUCGACUUCAACUCUCCGAAUAUCCUCGAACCACUUCCGCUCGGUGAUGGACCUGAGAAAUUGAUCCUCGCAAGACAAGCACUUCUUGCCACGCUUCUUCUCCCUGCUCAUAUCCCAGAUAACGCUCUAAACCCAAUCCUCAUUCCUCCACUGUACACCUUGCAUGAAUUCUUGGGUAAUGCUUCUGGUAGUCUCAAAAGCUCCCUGUCAAACUAUCGUGUCCUCAGCCAACUGACGACAUACUGGUGUCCAGAGCGCGAAGAACACGGAUACUUGCUCACCCCCGUUUUCAAGUGUAGCACCAAUCCCCGAGCAACAACAGCACAUCGGUGGACUGCGGUGGAUGUGAUCGGCACCAUGAACAGGCCUACUGAGUGCUUCUACAACAAAAAUGGAAAGUGGUACUACGCUGGUGUAUACAAGGCUUUUCGCAUGGACGACUUAACCACGCAAGAGUGGGAAGCUCUAUCAACUGAGGUGAAGCAAUACCAUUUUGCGCUAUUUCUAUAUCCCACGCACAAUCUAUGUACGAACUUCACAACGGACCUCGGCAGUCGUACGCGCAGCUUGAUGGGAUGGAACCUUUCCAAGGGAGCAGGCGCGAUUGAUUGUGACCCUAACGAGAGUGGCAAGCGCAACACAAACUCAACCACCUGUCCUACCCUACCUGCCGCACCUACAGACCCUAAUGAGAGUAGCAAGCAUGCGGAGCUUGAAACUGAAGGUGCAUUUGUUUCGCCGUACGUGUGGGGAGUGCAUCACUUAGAACUUCCACAGGCAAAUGAUUGGGGCGCUCUGUCACAAUUGAUGGCCUCGCAUCGAGCACAACUUCUUCUCGCCCGAUUUUCCAACGCUCUGGCAUUCGGACUGCAAGAGGUUGAUCCCGACCCAGAACCUUUGAAGCACCUGGAUGACGAUGUCCGGAUUGACAUGCCUGAUACUUCAUCAGAAAUUUCAUUGGCGAAGGCCGUCGAGCUUGCUGUUUAG